GUCCUAUACCUCUUGGCCGGCUCCAGAUUCUCGCUGCCUCUCUGCUCUCCCCACCUCCCCCCAUCUUCUUCACAUCCUGGUGCCCCCAGCCCCGGGUUCAGUACCGGGCUCCGCGGUGCCUUGCUGCGCCUUUAAGUUCACCCCCUCCUCCCCGUGGCCCCUCCCGCCCUCGCCCGCUGCCGGUGCCCCCCUCCCCCUCCCCCCGCAUCCCUGGGUGUCUCCAUCCUGCCGCUCGCUCGCUAGCUUGCUCGCUCGCCGGCUGGCUCGGUAGUCCCUGGAUCUGUUGGUGGGUCGGGCUCAGCCUCUGCCCGCCGCCCGCCGCCAGCCGCCCGCCGCCGCUGGGCUCAGCCCGAGUCUCCCUCCAGCUCCCUCCACCUCCAGCCUCCUGGAGCAGCAGCUGCAGCAGCCCCAGCCAUGGCCGACAUCAAGACGGGCAUCUUCGCCAAGAACGUGCAGAAAAGGCUCAACCGGGCUCAGGAGAAGGUCCUCCAGAAACUUGGCAAAGCUGAUGAAACAAAAGAUGAGCAGUUUGAGGAGUAUGUACAGAACUUCAAACGGCAAGAGGCAGAGGGUACGAGACUUCAGAGAGAACUCCGGGGAUACUUAGCUGCUAUCAAAGGCAUGCAAGAGGCCUCGAUGAAAUUGACAGAGUCCCUCCACGAAGUCUAUGAGCCAGACUGGUAUGGACGUGAGGACGUGAAGAUGGUGGGUGAGAAAUGCGAUGUGCUCUGGGAAGACUUCCAUCAAAAACUAGUGGACGGGUCCUUACUUACCCUGGAUACAUACCUGGGCCAGUUUCCUGACAUCAAAAUGCGCAUCGCCAAGAGGAGCAGAAAGCUAGUGGACUAUGACAGUGCCCGUCACCACCUUGAAGCUCUGCAGAGCUCCAAAAGACGAGAUGAAAGUCGCAUCACAAAGGCAGAAGAAGAGUUUCAAAAAGCCCAGAAAGUGUUUGAAGAGUUCAACAUUGAUUUGCAAGAAGAGCUUCCUUCAUUGUGGUCUAGACGGGUGGGAUUUUAUGUCAAUACCUUCAAGAACGUGUCCAGCCUCGAGGCCAAGUUCCACAAGGAAAUUGCUCUGCUCUGCCACAAGCUUUUUGAAGUGAUGACCAAGCUGGGGGAGCAGCAUGCAGACAAGGCCUUCACCAUCCAGGGAGCCCCCAGUGAUUCUGGUCCUCUCCGCAUCGCAAAGACGCCAUCACCACCAGAGGAGCCUUCCCCCCUGCCCAGCCCGACAGCUAGUCCGAAUCACGCCCUGGCGCCUGCCUCUCCUGCACCAGCCCGGCCAAAAUCGCCUUCACAGUUGCGGAAAGGGCCUCCGGUCCCACCUCUACCCAAAGUCACGCCCACAAGGGAACUGCAACAAGAAAACAUCAUCAGCCUCUUUGAGGACAACUUUGUCCCAGAAAUCAACGUGACAGCUGCUUCUCAGAAUGAAGUUCCUGAGCCAAAGAAAGAAGAGUCUUUGCUUGAUUUGGACUUCGACCCUUUCAAGCCGGACGUUACACCAGUGUCAGCAGGAAUUACCCACUCACCCAUGUCUCAGACAUUGCCCUGGGAUUUGUGGACGACAAGCAGCGAACUGGUCCAGCCGGCAUCCAGUGGUACCUUCAACGGAUUCACCCAGCCUCAGGACACUUCUCUCUUCACCAUACCCGCCAGUCAGGCUGUGCCGGAUGUCUCGGCUGAGUUGGAAGAAGUGCCCCCCACAGAACCCAAAGCUGAGGAGCCCUUGGCUGAAGCUCUUGCUGAGGGCCAAGACAUCGAGCCUAGUGAGGCAGCAGAGGAGGCUGAGGUGGUGACAGCAGAGGAUGCUGAUACAAUCCCUGCAGCUGCUGGAGCCCCAGUGGGGGCUGCUGAGGGGACCCCAGAGGCUAUCACAGAAGGUGAAGCCCUUCCCUUGGGUGAAGGAGUGAGUCUUAUAGAGACUCAAGCUGUUACAGAGACCAGAGAGGCCACUGAGAGUGGUAGAGCCGGGACAGAAGAAAUGGAAGCAACUGGGAUCCAGGAGAAAAUCAUCCCCUCGGUUGUCAUUGAGCCAGCAUCCAACCAUGAAGGGGAGGAUGAGCAGGAGCCUGAUCUUGGUAUGGCUGGAGAGGUCAGAGAAGACACGUUUGUCCAGAGUGAUUUCAGUGAGCCCUCGGUGCUGGCCAGUGACCAGAAGACUCUGGAGGAUGCUCAGCCCACAGCUCCUCUCCCAUCCAGCAGUGAAGCUGCCCCAGUCCCUCCAGGCUUCCUAUAUAAGGUGGAAGUGCUCCAUGACUUUGAGGCAGCUAAUUCUGAUGAACUUAACCUGAAGCGAGGUGAUGUGGUCCUGGUGAUCCCAGCAGAAGCAGAGGCUGAGCAGGAUGCGGGCUGGCUCAUAGGCGUGAAGGAAUCAGACUGGCUUCAGUACAGAGACCUAGACACCUACAAGGGCCUCUUCCCAGAGAACUUCACCCACCGCCUGGCUUAAUCUGCCUCCCCCCACACUCCACGAGGCAAGGUGAAGCUGCUCUACAGUGAGCUUGGUCAGUGGCUUUCCAAACCGACGGGAAAAUGAGGAGCCCGCUUGGGUAGCUACGCUGCAACGCUUUACAGACUGCUGUCCGUCAGAGCCGGGGGAGACAUAUUCAAGGAGCAUGUGUUGAAAAAAAGUUAAAUUAAGUAAAAUUUUAAAAAGCAAAGUGAACUCCUCCGAAGGAGCAAGGAGGGUAUCCUCCCUUGUCCUUCUGUUUGUGACAAAGGUUUGUUUGUGCUUUCUCUGAGCUAUGGUGAAUCCUGUACUUGAUCCCUCCCCCAUAAAGUCUAAAUUAGCUUCCUCAAGACCAGAACCUUAAUUUCUCUGCACUAAGUGUAUUGUAUUGAGCUGCUGUGCUGCGGAAGGUUUGAUGAAUAAUCCUGGAGUGAGGCAGUCACAGUCCUCCUCCUCCCCUCCCCCAUACUUUCCCCUUCUCUCCUCCUUCUUUCUCUCUCUUUUUCUCUCUCUUUCUCUCCAUUCUUUCUCUCCCCAUCCUCUGUCUCCAUUCUCUCUCUCCUUCUUUCCCCAUCUUCCCUCUCUCUCCCUCCCUCUCUCUCUCUGUCUCUCUCUCUCUCUUUCUUUCAUCCCCCUCUAUCUCUUUUUCUCUCUGUCUCCCUUCCUCCCUCCUUCUGUCUCUCUCUCCUCUCCCUGCCUUUUCUGUCUCUGUGACUCUCUUUGUCUCUCUAUGUCUCUGUGUCUCUGUCUCUCUAUCUCUCUGUCUCUGUCUCUCUCUGUCUUCCCCCUCUGUCCUCCUCUCUCCUCUCUGUCUCUAUUUCUCUCUGUCUCCCUUCCUCCCUCCUUCUGUCUCUCUCCUCUCCUCCCUCUCUUUUCUACCUCUGUGUCUCUGUCUUUGUCUUUCUGUCUCCAUCUGUCUGUCUGUCUCUGCCUCUCUCUCUCUCUCCCUCUCUCUCUCCAUACCUCUCUCUCUCUCUGUCUCUCUGUCUUUCUCUCUCUCUCUCUCCUGUCUCUCUUUCACUCUGGGUUGUCUAUGUUUAAACCUUAACUGCUGCAAACAUUUUCGAUGUUCUUUUCUGCCAUAUCUCUAUAUCUCAUAUAUCUACAAACCCAUGGAGCCCUCCAAUGCAGCCUGAGAUUCCUGACCCUCUGUGCACACAUCCAGCCACAUAGGCACCCCUGCCUCCUUUGCCCAGCCUCUCCUUUGGUUCUUUACCUCGGUGUGUCAUGGGGACACGUAUUGCUCUUAUCCUGCCUGGCAUUAUAGUACAUGGUUUUGUUUCCUGAGCAAAACCAGCUGCCCCGUUGCCAAAGCAUUAGACAGCGUCUGUGUGUGAUGUGCACUUUUCACGGUGAGAUGAUGAACAGUGAUUUUAAAGCUGCAAAAGAAUUUGACGUCAGGGACUUCUGUCACUAAGGAUGAGUGAGUCUUGGUUAAGCACCUAAAGUGUUCCCUAUCACUAACGUGACAUUAAAGAGUAUACUUUUGUGUGAGAUUGGCUGAAAGAUGGGGGAAAGAACCUCUCCCCAAACACACCUCCAUGAAAAAGAAAUCUCCCAUUUACUUUCACUCCUUAUAUUUCUGCAGCUCACCUUCACAGAUCCUUUAAAAAAUCAAUUAUGUAUCGUGUAUCCAGCAGUCAUCUGUGACAAUUAUGUUUUUCAGUGUUGUGUCAUCCCAAAUAAAACUUUGAUCCUCCACACAUGAACUGAGUUCC